UGGGCGCGAGCAAAGAGCAGCACGGAGGCGGGAGUCGCUCAAUCUCUCUCUCAUUGAGGAGAAGAGUUCCCAAAAGGAGCAGUUUCAUCCAGCUCUCGUCCAGAUUUAAGAUUUUCGGUCGGGUUUCGGUAGACUUAAACUGAGUGCUGCCUCCGAAACUUAGCGCAGUUUUGCUCUUCUCCGUUUCUAUACACUCAGUUGUUUUUAGUUCUUUAGAUUUUCUGCUUUUGUCGCUGUUUUUUUUUAUUCAGAGGCUGAUAGAUUGACUCUUGAAAUAGCUUUCCCCUCGCGAUUGUUCGCUUAACGGAGUAUUUGUUUUCGCGGCGGUUAUUUUAGUGGAUUUAAUCUGUGUGUAAACAAACUCUUCACGUGUUUUUAUGCAGUUUGAGUGAUUCUUUUUAGGCUACAGGUAAAACGUUGAACAGCUGUUCCCCAUCAGUUUUCCAUCUUCAAUGGUUUGAAUAACUCCUCAGCGGACAGAAGUCGUUUUUAAAACUUACUUUCUGAGUGUGUUUGCCGUUUCAAACAUGGAUAAAUAUGACGAUUUGGGACUUGAGGCGAGUAAAUUCAUCGAGGACUUGAAUAUGUACGAAGCAUCGAAAGACGGCUUAUUUCGCGUGAAGAGAGAUGCAGGAAACAACCCGGAUUUUGAAGAAACCAGGAAAGUUUUUGCCUCAAAAAUGAGCAGAAUACACAUGCAAAAGCAGCAAGAGGAGAUCUCAAGAAGCGAAAGCCUGCCAGCAGCAAGGAUCAAUGGAAGUCAUCUGAAAGUAUCAGAUAACACAUUUUACACCAAAGACAGGCCACCCAUCAAUAGUUACAGACAAGCUGGUGAAGCAGCAGCCAAACCACCCAUCAUCUCUGGACCAAUGGUUGGCACUGCCAAUGUGACUCCAUACAUAUCUUAUGAAGGACAAAAACAUCAUUCAGCCGGCUUACAUGAUGGAUCCAGUAUCAGGGGUUACGACAGCAAGGAGACUGGAAAUGCAAACCCGAUACCAGUGCCAACCCGGGCAUCACCAUCAACCAGUCCUCCUGGCACAUGGGCGUCAAAAAGCGGUCACCCGUCUCAGAUGCCAUUAUCUCAUUUCUCCAACACUUCUAGCUCUCAUGAAGCUGGUCCGAACCAUUCUCCAGUGUCCCAAGGCUUUCCUCAAACCUUUACCACAUCAGGGAAAUCGCCCACAGGAACAUACAUGGAUUCAUAUCAUCAAGUUAGCGCUAGUCAACCCAUAACUCCCCAGUGGUCAUCCAGUGGACCAACAUGCCUAAACGGGGCAGGUCAUAACAUCAGCACCCCCUCGCUUACCCAAGUGACCCCACUUCCAAUGUCCCAUGGAGGGAAGCAAUGUGAGCCACUCCAACCCCAAAACACUGCGCCCAGUAUCCCAACAAUCCCUGCUCCCACAUCAGGAGUGGAGUCUCCCAACGAUGAGUCCUCCAGCCCCUCCCGAACACUCAAACUCCCGUGCCAGCCCCUCCACGUACAGCCGGAUCAGGGUCCGUCUGUGGCUGAAAUAAAGUUAGAAGCUUUAACUGAGCGCCUGGAAAAGGAGAUGGACGUCCAGCCAAAGGCUGAGUACUUUGGCAGCUGUGUGAAGUGCAGCCAGGCUGUGUAUGGAGCCGGUCAGGCGUGUCAGGCGAUGGGAAGCCUGUAUCACGACGGCUGCUUCACCUGUAGCGCAUGCAGUCGGAAGCUCCGGGGAAAAGCCUUCUACUACGUCUGUGGGAAAGUGUUUUGUGAAGAGGACUUCCUGUACUCUGGGUUCCAGCAGUCUGCCGACAAAUGCAACGUGUGCGGACAUUUAAUCAUGGACAUGAUCCUGCAGGCGCUGGGAAAGUCGUACCACCCCGGCUGCUUCCGCUGUGCCAUCUGUAACGAGAGUCUGGAUGGAGUGCCCUUCACUGUGGACACGGAGAACAAGAUCUACUGUGUGAAGGACUACCACAGGGUUCUAGCACCGAAAUGUGCAGCAUGUAAUCAGCCGAUCCUGCCCUCUGAGGUAAGACAAAUGGGAUCUCAUGUGUCUGAAACACCGUCUUGGACAUUUAGAUGUGCCAUAUUCUCAGAUUGUGUCAUAGGCUACGUUCAGACGCUCAAUCCAGAUCCGAUUUUUGGGCAUAUCGGAUUUAAAUCUGAUCAGAUUUAG